GACCAAACUUCAAACAUAGCAACUCACCAGAUCUCCAGUCAAACGUUAAUUGUACUUUGCCAGGCACACAGUCAACAGCAACGAGAAAUUUUCUCUACUGCUUCAAUUUUAUAUUUUUUAAAGCAUUUUUUAUUGUCGCUGCUCUUUCUACCAUUCAUUACAGGGCAACUCAGCCAGAGAAAUCGCGAAGAUCCCUCCGAAGGUCCCGAGCACUCCCACGACCAUGCCGCGCGGAAAGUAUGUGAACCACAAGGGCCGCCUGCGCGAGUUCACGCCGGUGGACAUUCUGGAGAUGGAGCUGGUGAGGAUUCACCAGGAAGCGGAUCCGGAAGAGGACGCCAAGGAGGCAAACAGCGAUGAGCCGGAGUUCGACGUGGAGGACGACUACAACUAUGACUACGACUACCACCGCAACCGCGGCAUCGGGCGCCUGAUCGAGAUCUCCAAUCCGAAUCGCUUGCCCCGCAGCAAGCCGCUGAGCGUCCUGAUCAAGGUGACCUCCCCGCGCAGCCAGCAAGGCCAGGAGGAGGACCCCACCAAGAAGUGGCGGCGCGAGCGCAAGCGGGAGCGCAAGCAGACGGAGAACCUCCUGAGGAGCAAGGAGUCGGUGGCCGACCUGGCCAGACUGGCGCUGGUGCGCAAGGAGCGCGAGGCGGCCGCCCAGCGCCGCCUGGCCGCCAAGCAGCCCGCCGCCGAGGCCGCCUCCAGCUCGAGCCUCUUCUCCAAGAAGGUCGGCCCCAAGUCGUCCGAGGACUCGGGCGCGGACUUCCUGGCCCGCAAUCCAAGGGCCUGUCAACCGAAGAUCCGGUCCGCCCGAAAGAAGUAGUGACCAACCCGGUGAAUCGAGUAACCACACUACGACACAGACCCGAAUCCAACCCCUACGAAGAGCCCCUGAUGGUUGGACGUUGGCCUCCAAUUGCCCACUUAGACACCUCUGAAAUCGAGCCAGAACCUUGGAAAUGAAUGGGAACACGGCACAACCGAAAAUCCACUUUGAAUACUUAGUACAAAAUCGAAGCCCAUCCCGAAACCAAAUCAGAAGACGUCGAAAAUUCCAAAAAACGCAUCCCCGUCUCGACAUGCAAGCUAAGGUCAUGAAUUUCGCUUCAUUUCGAAAUUGGUUCUCUCGAUUUCCCCAAUAAAUAAGAAAAUACAA